AUUAAUUUAUAUAUAGUUUGAUCUCAAAUUUUUUCUCAAAGGAAAAUGCAUUUGUAUCAUUGCCGUGAACCCCUAUCUUAAAUCAUUUAUUUUAUUGCUCGUAAUUAUGAUUAAAAUCUUUAUAAUAUCAUUCUUCUGUCUCCAUACAUUUGGCCAAACUGUAAGUCCUAAAUUCACUAGAAUCUGGGGGCCAGGAUUGCAUCCAGAUAAAAUUGUUAUGCCAGCAAGAUAUUUCUUCAUUGAGGCAAGAGAUAAUUAUAACAAGAGAUUCAAUCAUUCGAUUGCUGAUGCAUUGAAAGUGAGUGUUGAGGGCCUAAUUGGAAACAAGAGACCAUGUAGAAUAAACAUCAACAAAUUAGACAGAGAAGAUGGUUCGCUAAUAGUUAGAUACAAACUUUUCGAGAAAUGUGAUAAUUUAAUGAUCAGUAUUACAUAUUCUGGAGAGCACAUUGCUGAAUCGCCAUAUAAAUAUUCACAAAUAAUUCUUUCUGAACAAUGCGAUUGUCCUAAUGGAAAUCUUCCUGAGAUGUUGAAUCAGUGGGAUUGUGGUUUUAUUCCUAAGCAAAUAUCUCAAGAUCUUAUGCAUUUCAAUGAUAUAAAUUGGGAUGAUAUAAGAGUAAAGGUGAUUGAAAAAUUCAAUAAGCCAUACUCUAUAAGCUUAUGCCACUAUGUAAUUAAAAGUAAUCGAAUAUAUAGAAAAUGCUAUGGCCAGUAUGUUGGAUUCAAAAUGUUUAUGGAUAAUAUUUUAUUAUCUCUGGUGAAGAAAUCUGUCAUUCCAGAUAUCGAAUUCUUUGUGAAUUUGGGCGAUUGGCCCUUAGUCACCAAAGCUGAUGGAGAAGUAUUUCCAAUAUUUUCUUGGUGCGGAAGCUCAGAUAAUCUUGAUAUUGUAAUGCCCACUUAUGAUAUUACAGAAUCUACAUUGGAAAAUAUGGGAAGAGUCAUGUUAGAUAUGCUUUCUGUACAAGGUAAUACCAAAGGUACUUGGGACAAGCGAGAACCAAAAGCUUUUUGGAGAGGAAGAGAUUCAAGCAGAGAAAGGUUGAAAUUAAUUGAGAUAUCAAGAAAUCAUCCAAACUUGUUCAACUGUUCUCUUACAAACUUUUUUUUCUUCAAAGACAAAGAAAAUGUGUAUGGUCCCAAAAGUGACCAUGUAUCUUUUUAUAAAUUUUUUGAUUAUAAGUAUCAAGUUGGUCUAGAUGGUACUGUAGCUGCCUAUAGAUUUCCAUAUUUAAUGGCUGGUGGCUCCCUCAUUUUCAAACAAGACUCAAAAUACUAUGAACAUUUUUACAACUCAUUGGAAUCCUAUGUUCACUACAUACCUGUAAAGAGGAACUUGGAAGAUCUUGUGAGCAAAAUUGAAUGGGCUAUCAGUAAUGAUGAAGAAGCUAGAACUAUAGCAGAAAAUGCCAGAUUAUUUGCAAAUGAAAAUUUAUUGCCAAAAAACAUAUAUUGCUAUUAUAGUCAGUUGCUCAAUGAAUUCAGUAAGAAGAUUAAAAGUCAGAUAGUUAUUCUUGAGGGUAUGGAAGAAGUAGAACAAAACACAAAAAUUGCCUGUGAUUGUCCAUCUCUAUAUAAAGACGAGUUAUAAGAUUACAUAAUUGUACCAAAAAAUCAAGACUUGGUGACUUGACAGUGUGAAAUAAGGUAUUCAAACCAGGUUUUUUUAUACUUAUAUGAUUUUAUACUUGAAUACUGUACAGCUAAGGGGCUAUUUAAGCUGCUCUCGUAAGAACUAUAAGUGUAUAUUAAAACUGGAAACAACUUAAUAAACACCACCAUUUGUUAGAGUUGGUUUCUUAAUUCUUAAGAAGGCUGCAUAAACUUCCUAAGCUAUUUCUCUCAAUAAACAAUUUGAGAUAUU